AUGUCCACUCAAUUCAGCGGCUCUUCCACAUCCGCUAUUACACAGCGCAGCUUUUCAUCCGUCUCGUGCCUCUCCGCGCUCACCGCCGAUUUCGACGGCGGAAACGAGGACCGGGACGAGGAGAAGCAGGAAGAUAAUAAUAGAAAAAUGGUUCGCUCGGCUCACCGGCCCAAGGACUCCUCGCCACGCCCGUAUGUCAUCAGAGAAAGCCUGCCCUGUCUCCCCGAUGAGAGCACCAGCAUCUCCAGCGCCGAUGAAGCUCUAGAAUGUUCCCCGGGACCGUCUUGUUCGAUCUGGAUGAGAGUGCGGGCUGAGGGUACACACUUCUUGGAAGACAUUGUUGAAGCAUUCGAGAGCCCACAAAAAGACCACGACAUGAGCGGGGACAACACACGGUUGAGUGCCGUCCAGCUGAGACGGGAUAUCAGGAGAUGCUACGCCGCCAGCCAUCCAUUCAUCCAAUGCGCAGCAGCCCUCUACGAUCUGCUACUUUGGAAGAAUCCUCUAGCCACGCUGCUUCUGAUGCUGGUCUUUUUCUACUCCCUCUACCGCGGCUGGCUCGCCUCGCUGCUGAUCGCGCUCUUCUGGCUGCAGUUGAGCCUCAACUACCUGAAGUCGAAGAAAAACAUCGACAUCGGCCUCAACUUCCUGCCCAGAAAAGAUAUCUCGAUGCCAAAAUUUGACAUCACCGGCGCCCAAGUGAUCUACGAGGUGGCCAAGGUCGGGCAGCGACUGUUGAGUUUGGCAGCAGGCUUCUUGGAAAAGCUCGAAGCGCUGUUGACCUGGCGAGACCCCGAGGUGACCAAGAUCUUCUACGGGCUUCUCGUUUACUGGCUCGCCUGGUCGCUCGCCUUCACGACUGGAACGUGCAUUGGAUGGUGUGUGGCCGCACUCGGCGUACGAAUUUUCCUGACGACAUUCCUGUUCAAGAAAUUCCCGCUGCUUCGCUAUCGGCUUGACACCUAUGGCUACUUCUACCGCAACCUGCCGCUCAAGCAAAAAUCGCUGCGACCUGCGAUAAGCGAAAACAAGUCGAUCCCGAAGAUUUUCACGGAAAGCCCGGAUGAUGACGGCCUGAGCAACGGCAGCGACCCGAUGCUGGUUAAGGCGCUGGUGUUCAAGCAAAGGGAAAAGCCGGCAUCCGGCGCUUUAUGUCCCGUCCUGGGGACAUCGGAUCGUUCAGAAAGAGCCCUGUCGCUACUGGCUGGCACCAGAAAUCGAUCCAGAUUGUCGUCAUGGUACGUAAAAGCCCGUACAAUUUAUCCGGCGUCGCAAACAGGGACGACUUUGUGGUGGCGCAGGAUGAGUGCCGGACCGGAACUCGUCGACAAUUUUCCCGACGAG